UGUCUGUCAUAUUAUCCUAGCCUGUCCUCUUUUGGAUUGAUAAUUACUCUGACUGAUAGCAUGUUGGAGUCUUUGCUAUACUGAAAGGGUACCCCUCUUACGCUUUUGACAGGCCAGGUCCUGGAAGUAUUCCAGUUCAGUUAGUUUGCUUUGCAUUACCAAAGCUAAUCUUUUCAGGGCAUUCUCCUUACUGAUUUUUUCUGGAACACUUUUACUAAUUGUUACUUUUAAAAUGAUUUUGUGUCCUACGUGUACAGUAAUGGAAGCGUUGGAGUACGCCGGACAGCCUGAAGUCAGCAAUCAGUGCAGAUUCGCAUAUCUGUGUUCUGAGGCGCAGUUCCAUCGAGGUCUCGUUAACCCUAUUUCUUGGGACCUGUUUUUUUCCCUACCAGUUUGAGACCAUCAAACUGCUGUGUUCGGACCUUGCUCACUGAUGCUACCAUGCACUAGAUACAGAGAAACUGCAGUUGCCUGGAAUUAAGGCCUUGCCAUAUGUACAAUGGUAUUUUUUAAAAUCGGUGUUAUUCCUCCUCUGUUGUUAAAAAAAAAAAUCUCCAUCCAUAUGAAAAUGCUAAAAUGUGCUGUCAAAACCAACAGGUGGCGAUAUUACUCUAACCGUAAAGCCAUGCUGGCCAAUCAGAAACCUUAUUACCAGGUCUGCUCUACUAAAAACAGAUCAUGUGAACAGCGAACUGCACUCGCUCUAACGUCAAAGUAGAUAACGGUGCUACGCAUCAACACUGAAAACGCAGUUUUUGAAUACUUUCAACCUACAUGAGGCUUUUAAAACAGCUCAGUUUUUAUUAACGUAAAAAAAUACUGUUUGCAUGUGGACAAAAGGCCAAAAUGCAGAGAAAAAGCUAUGCUUUAAAAAUACCCAUGUACGUGUCGACAAGGCCUAAGUUACAAAUAUGUCCAACAGCCUCCGAUUCUGCGCAGAGGACCAUUCCCAGUGUAAACAGCUACACUAACGGGGCGGACAUGCCAGCAGGAGGAAGAAUCCCAGGCUCAAGAUUUCCAAGGAGGUGUUCGAUCAGCCCCCGCUGGCGGCGUCGUAAGGAAAUCUCUCUUCUAUUUUGGGCACACAGACCUCCACGUGACCUGGAUUCUAAAGCCUGUGUCACUAUUGGGGACAAGAACUUUGUUGUGAAGGCGGAUGACCUGGAGUGGAUUUGCGAGUUGGGUCGGGGGGCCUAUGGCGUAGUGGACAAGAUGAGACACGUUCCCAGUGGCCUGAUAAUGGCUGUGAAGAGAAUACGGGCCACCGUGAACACGCAGGAACAGAAGCGCCUGCUGAUGGAUCUGGACAUCUCCAUGAGGACGGUAGACUGCUUUUUCACGGUCACUUUCUACGGAGCACUCUUCAGAGAGGGCGAUGUGUGGAUCUGCAUGGAGCUUAUGGACACAUCUCUGGACAAGUUCUACAAGCAGGUGAUUGACGGGGGCCUGACCAUCCCAGAGGAUAUCCUGGGCAAGAUCACGGUAUCUAUUGUAAAGGCACUGGAACAUCUGCACCGAAAUCUAUCUGUGAUCCACCGAGAUGUGAAACCUUCCAAUAUUCUCAUCAACACUCAGGGCCAAGUGAAAAUGUGUGACUUUGGGAUCAGCGGCUACCUGGUAGACUCUGUCGCAAAGACCAUGGACGCUGGGUGCAAGCCGUACAUGGCUCCGGAGAGAAUUAACCCAGAGCUGAACCAAAAGGGCUACAAUGUCAAGUCUGAUAUCUGGAGUUUAGGCAUCACAAUGAUCGAGCUAGCCAUCCUGCGUUUCCCCUACGACUCUUGGGGCACACCCUUCCAGCAGCUCAAGCAGGUGGUAGAGGAGCCGUCACCCCAACUGCCUGCCGAGUGCUUUUCCCCUGAGUUUGUGGACUUUACGUCUCAGUGUUUGAAGAAGAGCUCAAAAGAGAGGCCAGCGUACACUGAGCUCAUGCAACAUCCAUUUUUCACACUUCACGACUCAAAAGAGACAGAUGUAUCCAGCUUCGUCAAGGUUGUUCUUGGUAACUGAAAGUGACAGUCCCCGACUGCCCAUGGGACCCUGUGCCAAUGCGCCGAUACACCUGGGCCCUCGAGCACUGCCCAAAUAACUUCGGAGGGAUUGGGCACUAUGCCAACUCACCAGUAUUCAUUCUGGUUGCCAGGCAUUGCCCAUGUGACCUUUGAAAUAUUGGGCCAAUCCACCAGUUAGCAAUCACUUGGGAGUUUUGCAGGAUUAGUGGGGUAAUACUUCUUUGGACACCUGCUCUUCACUCGCUGCUUGGUAUUCAGAGUUCCUGUAUUGCCAUGAACAAGAUGGAGGGCUUACAGAAGGGAUGGAGGCUUCCUUUCUGGAAACUAGAUGCUACUAUGACAACCCUGUCGCCCAGCCUGGUUGGAUUUUUACCCUCUAUUAGUAAUUCCAGUUUCAGUUGGCCUUCAUGCAGUGAGUUUGCCACCAAACCACUAAAUGGAUCAGUAAUCAGACCUACUUCAUGCAAAGAAGAUUAACACUUAAAAUAUCACGAGUGAGGCGUAGUGAGGCACAGUGACGCGCAGUGGGUAGCCUCAUACUGGAGUAGCUGGGGUUUGAUUCUUACCCUGGGUUGUGUGUAAAGGCUUUGCAUGUUCUCCCCAUGUUUCCAUGGAUUUCCACCAUUAAGCGAAUUGCUGUGUCUAAAUGAUCUGCUAUGUGUGUGUGUGUGGAUUCCCUGUGUCCCAUGCAGGGUCUCCACUCCCCUGCAUACUCUUUUUCCUAUGGUAAGUUCCACCUCACCAUAACCCUGUCCUGGAUAAGCCACAGUUGAAUGUGGGUUGAUGAAUAUAUAUCCUCCUGAGAAAAAGCAUAAACGCUAGUGCAUGUAUGCUUAUCGUUGCUUUAUAAUUUGUCCAUAUAUGGGCAGAGUCAUGUGAUGGCACUGAUUCCCAACACGGAAAUGAUGUUCGGAUAAGCAUCUGUUUGGACAGAGCAAGUCAGAGCAGAGCAGAGAGGAUUCAGGCAGCCAUCUGCACACAUGCCACGUGAGAUGCCAAAAGGGCUGGUCCAUGAAUGGGAUGCAGAAGGAACUCGUGCAACUUGUGGAUCAUCCACAGAGCCUGAAAUGACACGACUGCACCUCAGUCCGCAUGCUGAUCACAUACUAGAGAUGCACUGAUUGCAAUUUCCUUGGCCGAUUUCUGAUGUUUUUGCAAGUGUGACCUGCUGAUCGCGAUUUUCUUUCUAGGAACUACAAUUGGCAUCACGUACAAACAAAAGUCAACACUUCUUCAAUACAAAGUUUUAUUUUCAUAAUAAAAUGAAUUGUUAAACUUUAAGUCCUAACUGCAACUAAAACAAGUCUGGAAACAAGAGAUAGAAAUAACAAUUAACUGAAAAGGAGCUGCUGUACACUCAACUUUAUCCGACACAUUUCACUUUACCAAACAAGAGCAGGUGCAACAGAUUUAAAUAACAAAACAUAUGUCAGUUACUUAAAUAAUUUUCCAAUAUGUUUUAAUUCACCGGAUAAUUGACCUUUUUCUCUUUUUUUACUUAUCUUAAAGUCCAUAGCUUACAAAUAUCAAAAUAAAACUGAACAGUGCAAUGCUCUUCCAAGUAGUAAUAGAUGCAGUAAUAGAUGCAGGGAAAAAUUAUUAAUACCAACAUCGCAUGUUAUUUGCAUACAAUUCUUACAUUGCUGCUAAGCUAGAUUAAGAUCAGGCUUUUUUAUACCUUCCUACUAUACGAGCAUUAUAGUGCAGGGGGUUGAAGUUUUGCUAAAACAUUUUUACUCUCAUAGGAAAAAACCUUGCUGCAUCUCUAUUACAUAUACCUCUGUCUUUCUACCCCCAAGCCAUAGGGAAGCAUGCUUGCUCUUCCAGUCCUUGCAUUCAUCAAUCUGAGUAGUUGAGAACUUUAAUGUGGGCAAUUCUGCUUACGUGCGUCUGUGUGUCUCAAAUUGACCUCCCACACUGCCAGGGGGCGCUGUGUGAAAAGUAAAGAGACACAGCGUGACUGUGAACUUCUGCCAUUCAGCCACAGAUUAAGCUGCUCCGCAUGGAUGCCGGAAGUGAAGAUAUUUGAGUAAUAUCGUAUUGGUGCGACCGCAAUAUGAGAUGUAACGGUUCGCAGAACAAAUUCAAAUGAACUUGGCUGAAUUUCUAUCCCUGAAGCUUAUUUGUUAAAGGUCCGUCACAAAUACUUUCUGUGCGUGACUGUCUAUGACUUUAUCCCCUUGUGAAUAUCAAAGAUAUUUAAAGGUGCACAGCAAAUGCAGGUGAAUACACUGGUAACAGCCAGUACAUACACUGGUAAAAAGUUCCACAGCCGCUCACCCAUGGCCAACAAAAUUGCUGCAUGGCUCUGAUGUUUAGACAUGAAAAUUAUAAAUCGCCUCACGCCUGAUUUCCUCUUGUCCUUUACAAAAAGUGCGCUGCCCCAGUUUCUGAGAGAAACCUUUGGGACCUCGAACCCGUGUCCGUGCCGUGGGCUCCCUGUCUUGUUCAACAGGUCAGCUUGACCAUGUUAUUUCAGACUUCCUCCUGGAGGGCCCGUUAAGGGUGCAGGAGUAUGUAAGCAUAAAAAAUGUACUUCCUAUUGGAGCCCUUGUUAAUUUCUGUGGCUGCUCUCUGAAUGUUAGCCGCAUAACAAUGAGUAUUUUUGACGUUGAGUUGUAUUUCGGAGAAGCUGUUAUUUUUAAGUAUGUGGUCUAUUUCCUUUAGGCUUGGGGGGUGGCAGUGGGACACGACCUGUUUGGUGAGAGCCUUGCAGCAGGACUGCCUGUACUGCCACCUUGCCUCAGUUUCACUUGUUACAAACUGAUAGUUGGCUUAUGGACCAUAUGUGCUCUGGAUGAGGUCUUCAGGACGGUGAUCUACUUAACACUGAACUUCUAGGUACUAUGAACGAACUAAUAUUCUUGCACUGUUGAUGUUACUUUGCAAAUCACAGCCACCUUGCUAUGAGUGUCAUUCUGUGUCCAGAGCAUUUCUUCGCAGGGUUAUGAGAAAUGUUUCUAGAUGGAACCUUCUGUUCCGGGGCUUUGCCUAUUUAAAGGGCCUUGUAAUAUCUCCCUGUCUUUCCUCUUUUAUCUGCAACUCCCUCCUUUCUCUUCAGUGCCUUGCUGAUAGGUUUCCACAUGACACCUCCCAGAAUUAGAUCUGACCUUCUCCGUAUUCCGUAUUGCGGAGUCUUAUGCCUCAAAUUUUCACCCCAGUGUUUGACUUCUGUUGAUCUGGUCACUGAAGAUGGCAGGUUUACGUACCUGGAGCUACACAGAACUCUCCUGUGAUGUGGGAUUUUGGGGGCGGAGCAAGGAUCCUAUGACAAUUGAAGUCAAUGAUAAUGCUGAGGUGUUUUUUUUUUUUUUUUUCUUCCCUCAGUACCUUAUUUGGAGCAAGUCAGUCCUGGGUCCUACACAGCUUUGCACCAAAGCUUAAUGCGCAACCUGUAGUGUGAAACCAAUGUGAAAAUGAACAUCAGUCAGUCUUUUUUUUUUUUAACCCAUCUGUGAAGAUAGCUGUAUGCAGACGCCUCCAGUAUAAUCUUAAUAUACAGCAAAAACCGAAUAACACUGUUCUUUAUGCUACAACUGCAAAGUGAUGUCUAUGAUGGCUGCCGGUAUAUUAAACACUGAAUUUAAGUUAUUUGAAAUUAUGUUCUGUACUGUACUGUUGGACACGGCAUUGCAAAUGUAGUUUAAAUUUGAUUCAAUUACAGUUUGAUUUGUAUGAGUUGAUUUGCAGUGUUAUUUUUCUCACUAUUCAUAUUGCAGCAUUAUUGAAGGUUUCAGCUGAAUGUCAUUGUUUGUAUUUGCUGUGUUGGGGAAUGGUUACUUUCAUCAUGUUUCUAUCUUUUAAUACAACAUAAAUAUGAAUUAAGACGCAACACGGCUGAUAAAAGCUUGAAUGACUUUCUUCAUUUGGUGUGUUUUUCCAUUUCAGUUUUUUUAUUUAGUUUUUUAAUUAGUUAAAUAGGUAAUAUAGAUAUUAGAAUUAAACUGAUGAACUUAUACAUACAGCAGCAAGAACAAAGAGCACAAACAUCGUAGUGCAAGACAGACAAGGUGCAAAAACAGGACACAGUGCAAUCUAAUUAAAAAGUGCGUUUAAAAAAACUGAAAAGCAGAAUAUUAUAGAAUAUCAAGGAAAUUAACAUUAGGGGUGGUGGGAUGGCAUAUGUGUAAUUUAAAAAAAACACCUCUUUAUUUUAUAGCUGGGAUAGGGAGUGGAAAUACAAGCAUGUUUCAAACUGUGAACCAUUUGGCUGCGAGUAAACAUGAUAACCACACCCUAUGGAAACCGAAGUUUGGUACUUUGAAAUACCUACUACUGCUUCGAAGGACCUCCAGUGGAUGGGGUAUUUACUUAAAGCCCCUCCCCACAUCUCUGCUUAUAGACCUGUUUUCAUUUUGCAGUGGUCGGCUUCCAAAAAACCCCUAAAUGGUGUGAAAUGCUAGCUUGUGGCACGUGGCCAGUGUCCAUGGAGGUGUGCCGAGAUGGUGUUUGUUAGUGCGAGUGAAUGUUUCUCUUUGUGGCUUAUCAAGCUGCUGGUUACUAAGGAUCUGUCAUAGAGGACACCAUACCUGGUAAAACAUAUGGCCUGUUUCAUUGGUAGCUGAUCUGUCACGCACGAUCAUACGCAGCAGUACUGCGGUUAAUGGGGAAUAAGGUUCAUUGGCUACGAGCGUAUCUCCCGGCUUUUUGAGAACACUGUAGAUAGUCCGAGCAGUAUAGUCGUGCCUUUUUGAUGGAUUGUUGAUUUUGUAUAAUACGAUUAGGUCAGCUUUCAUCUUUUGUUUAUUCGUUGUAAUAUAUCGCAAAUGCGCGUAACCCGUUCGUCCAUCCAUUUCCUGUUGCCUUUUCUGAUAUUCUGGGUUGGGGGGGGGGGGGUGGGGGCAUCUGAAACCUAUCCUGGAGGCACUGGGCACAGGAAAUGUGCCAGGACGGGGUCCCAACUCAUUGGCGCCCACCUAACCCUUAAAAAGCAAAAAUAAAUAAAUGAAGAAAUUCAUUGAAUUCCAGCAGCUCAGUUUUGUUCCACUAAAAAUGAUGGCGUCCUUUAAGGGAAGCUUUAAAUAAUUGGCCAAGCAUGUGGGUAAAGAUGGCAUUUGUGCUGAUGAUACAUGUUUUACUUUGUGCUGCGUAGUAAUACUAAUGCAAGACCCAAUGGUGGCUUUGGGUCCCGCGAAUAAUGUGUGUUUGGAAUGGGGUAGGUGGUCCGGUGUCACUACACAGGGCAGCUGACAGUAAAACGAUGCUCUACCCGUUGUGUAUGGAGUGGGAAUAAUGCAAGCUAAGGCAGAGGCUGAUGUCUGUCCCCAUUCAAGCUACCAGCAUUCGGUUGUAUACUAUAAAUCGGUGACCGAUCAAUAGCUAAGGCACUCUGGCACUAGAAAGGUGGAGGUUGCGAGUUCCUGUUUACCAGAAACUGUUUUUGUUUGCAUGUUCUAAAAAUAAGACUAGAUUGUGCUGUCUACGUGGUUCCUCGAAGAUGAAAGUUGCAGUAAUGUCUUCCUCCAGUUUCAUAAAUAGGUUUUAGUUGUGAUGUCACUUGGUGUACAAGCCCCUGUCUCCUGAGUAUUUUCAUAGGUCCUUCUUUUGAUAGCCAGAUAUUCCAGAGUUAGAUAGCCAGUGAUUAUGACGGCCAGUGAAGUCUGGUUUAAUUUUAUCCAGAGGGGAUGCCAGCAUCUUUUUAAACUUCAUAAUAAACUGUAUGGUCAUGUGAUUACAUCAUCCUGAGUCGUGGGACCAAGGUCUAGAAUACAACAGAGGGGGAGUCUGCAUCCUCCAAGCAAAACCAGCCAGGAUCCCUCAUAUUUGGUUGUAUGCUUAAGUCUGUCAAGCACUUGGGAGAACCAGGGAAGGGAAGGUGGCCAAAUUUGGAUGCCUGUCAGCUCAUUAUAGCCUUUGCAUCAAGGUUCUUAAUAUUUCAAGAUUGGGGGUAGGCUGUCGGGUAUAUUUUGUAUUCCAGCCAAAAAUUGUCCAGUCAACACUCUCCGAAAUGGCAACGGUAUGUUUGAAUUCAUUUUAUUUAUCUGCAUAUAUACAUUUUGUUCAUUAAGAUUCGUCUGUUUUUUUAUCUGUAUAUUUAUUCAUGUCUGUACAUUUUAUUUGAACAUUUAUAUUUUAUCCGCCCAAUUUUCCACGCCUGUGUGUUUUUCCUGUGAGAGCCGCAGUAGCAUCCUGAUGUCCAUCUGGAAUCAAUGAAAUCCCACCUCACAGUUCCAUCAGGUGGAACUAAAAGUCAGUACACCUUAGCCGGCUGAAUUGUUUUUAUAUUUUACAGGUUAUAGGUAAAGUAUCCAACCUACACAGUGAUCAGUUGUCGUUUCAGGUAGUCUUUGCAUGUUAUGUUUAACCAGAUAUAAAGGAGAGUCACCUGGGUUCGACGACUAGAUUUACAUACUUCUAAGGAUAGAUGUGUGGUUUGUCCAUGGGCGUCGUUAGGUCCGAUCACUCAGGGCUAUAACCCCAAGCAUUUUAGCCCCGAUGGCAAUUUUCCUUACUUCAAAAAAAAGGUCAAGCCUCAGGUAAACUUAACCAAGUCCCUGAACUUUUCGAUAACUAGAAACUUCCCUGACUUAGUCAAUACAGUUUCUGCUAAUCACUGUGUACUGUGGAAGCGGGCAGCUGGUAUUGAAUGGUUUUGAUCAAUGAAGUACCAUCCUAAAAUAUGUCCAGUAAUUUUCUGCUGUGAGAUUCCCUGCUGCCCCACUCAGUGGCAUCGGUGCCUGGGGCAAAGUGCCAGGUGUGGCCCCCUGGCAACAGUGGUUGAUCCCUCACACAUUCCUCACUCAAUGCAAAGUGGGCCACUUCUCUGGAUAGGGCUGUCACCUUGGCCACUCGGAUUGGGUUACAGGGCACCUUCAGAGUGAGCUGUGCCAGGUGUCUGGCCUGAUGCUCCAUGGCAGUUGGCAGCUGGAUCUACAGUGAAAGUGAGCGAGCGAGUGAGCUUGCGAUGGCUAUGUACCCUCUUACUGGCUGGCAUCUGCUGUUCAGACAAGCCAGGUGGUCGGAGGGACCUCUGUUCUGCGGGAAAGAUAAUUCAUAGUUUGUGAUAAUGAUUGUAAAUGAUGUAAGGGAAGUGAAUCUUCCUUAAAUGAAAGGAGAUUCCUCAGUAUUUCAGUGCAUGAAUGCUCUUCUUUGUUUGAAUAUCCCUCACCGUUGGUGGAGGUGGAUGGCUGCCUCUCCGGGUCUCUCACUGAACGAUCAGGGCAUUUCACUGGUUCUUCUUCAAUCAGUCUUUGGUCACCCUCACUCAUCAGCCUCCACUACACCUGGGCCCAUUCCUGCACUCACACCUGGGCCUUCAUCUGCGUUCCCUGCCUUCAACACACCCUUGCUGGAGUUAUGAACUGCACAGACUGCAACAAGAGGCAACAAAGACUGUAAGUAGAGAUUUGUGAGAUGGGCCAUGCAUAGUCGAGUGUGUGAGCGGGCCCUCUCGCUCACAUGAAGGUGCACCCUGGGCCUGUGUAAAUUUACCCUGGCUGGGGUUACACAAUGCCUGCACUGGAUCACAAAUGGGACCCAUAGGAGCCAGGCCAAAGGGUGUAGUAUCAGUCCCAUCUGAGAUGACCCCCCUGAGCCUCAGAGGAGCCUGGAACUGUCACUGGGAAAUGGAUGUUGGAGGAGCUUCACCAUCAGCAUGCAUGCUAGCCCUGACCUUCAUUCAUAUCCUGCCUGGCGCUCUGUAACAUUCUUUGCAGCAGCUAUCGAAUAAUGCCUUUCUGGAUGGGUCAUACUCUAUUAAACCAUUACUGUUAUGUGUUAUUUGAUAGAUGUCUGACAAUGCUGUGUGCAUGCUAAAUUAUUGUGAACGACUUAUUAUCAAAUUAUUGAAUUAAGAAUUUGUGUUUUAAACCUGAGUGACAUGUUAGAUAAUGAAAAUUGAGGGGCAAGCUGUAAAAUGCAGUAUAGAUGGCAUAAGUAUUUACUUGGGAAUAUCUUAUAUUGUACUGUAUAGUUAUUGCUUGGGGAGGUUGUUUUUAUUAAAAAUUUACACAUUUACCUGUGGUUGUCUAACCUCAUGACUGGUGGGGGAAGGAUUUACAGAAGAUUUAUGUGAUCAUACAAUAACUCCUUAAGUAUGAUUGCUGUCGCUGGAUUUUUAUGUGAGCACUUUGCAUGGUGCACUGCUCAGAUUCUUGUGGUUACGUCCUGUCACAGGUUUCUGUCUGACAGAAUACGAUCAAAUGUCUUUAUGUCUUCGACAUUGGGACCCCCUUUCCGUGUUUAAAACCCCCUGCCGAGUGAGUACAGACCAUAAACCGCUGAGUACCUACAACAAUUUUUUCAUCAAAUUAAUUUUUCUCAUUACUAGGGAUGUAAUGAUACACUCAACUCACGAUUCACGAUUUUGAAUUCACGAUACGAUUUUCUGACGAUUUUUAACAAUGAACUGCAGAUAAAUUUAUUCAAAAAUAUUCCUUUAUCUUUCUAAACUGUGCAAAACGUGUCCUCUUCUUAAUAAAGAACGGAGGCGGUCGCACUUCUUACCCUCUCCCUCCCCUUAUCUUCCCUGCUUCGCUCCUCUCGUCUCGUCUAGUCUACUGUCUUAUACUGUGUCUGUGAAGAGACUCUCUCAGCCCUGCUCUCCAAACCACGAAAAAUUAUGGAUUUGAUCAGCUGGUCUCUCAACGCCUCGACGAGAAGCCUAGGGUCGGGGGAACCUGACUGUCCUGCAGGAACGUACGCAGCUGGCUACACGAUGGACGGAUGGGAGCGGUGGAGGGUCGUGUGCCUGGCAGCUCUUUCCGUGGAGGACAUUGAAGACAUCUACCUAUUCGGAACCAUGAUUACAGGUAUUAUGCUGAUUGGCUUAGGCAUUGCCCUGGUUUAUCAAAGAUUGAAGAAGACGGUGACAGCCUCUCAAAGCCCCACUAGGCUGGCCGGAAUGAUUGAUGGAGUGGGCAGAGCUGUUAGCACUCAGACUGUGCAGACUGUGCAAAUGGAUCGCAAACUGGAUAACAUCAUGGAGAAGCUAACAGCUUUGCAAAAAUUAUUGGAUGGCGGAGAUCAGCGUGGACAUUAGAGGAGCUGGAAAUUUCAGCUCCUCGCAUGGAAACCCAAACAACCCUAUCCUAUCAGGUUUUGGCUCCCCCAAUCAGCACUGGCCUUGGCCAAGGCCGCUGUUGAACUAACAACUCCCCCAGAAGAACAAGGCAGUGAGACUCUCUUGCAUUCCUCUCCCCCAAUCCCAAGGACUUACCCUCCCCCCAUCCCACGCCUCCGCCGCUUCAUACCCCCAGCGUGAACAGGCGGGUCUGUGACCAGCGCCUCUAUGGCAGCAGGACCGGAUGGCUGUCUGUCUCUGCUGGGUCACCUCCACACCCCCUUUCCGCUACCCGUUGCAAGUCGUGUCAUUUUUAUGUAAGGUGUAGUGCCCAUGUGCUUAUGUUGCUGAGGUGUUUUUUUCGGUUCCCACAAUGUACUCCCUACUGGAGUGCAAUCUGGGGGGUGUUUUUUUAUUCUCCUCCUCUCCCACCAUGUUAUCCUGUUUCUAUUCUUCUCACUUCCCCUGUCUCCCGACCGGUCUUCCCCCUACUGUGAUGUCUGUGUAUAUGUAAGGUCGGUUGAUGGCCUGCUCUUCACCGGUACUUGUGACUGGUGCCAUGGUAUAUUGCAUCAGCAAUAAAGGGCUUUUCCAAUCCAAUAGUGCAACUGAAAUUGAAUAAAAUACUGUUUAAAAAAAUCCCAAAUCAAAAUAAAUUUUAAAAAUGGCCUUGUCUGCGCUUUUCUCGCCAUUUUCGUUUGUGAUUACUGGAAAAAUAAAAUGCUGCCACACCGCCGAUUUAAGAUUGGGGGGUGUGUCCUCAAUUUCAGAUUCGCCAUCUCUUGUUCUGUCAGAACCAAAAACGUGCGACAUCGACGAGAAUACAAAAUGUAAUAUUACAAGAAGUAUUUCCGUUAAGUACCGUGAAGUACCCCUAAAGUAGUGAUUCAUUUUCAAUGAUUCAGUGAUUCAUCAAAUGUUUUAAAUUGUCAUUCAUUUACAUGGAUUUUUAACCGAUUUGCGAUUCAUCGUUACAUGUCUACUCAUUACAGGUUAUGUACAAUAUUUUUUAUUGUAAAUUGUGUGACAGCCUAUGUUUUUCAUUGUUCCUUCGUCCUUUGAGGGGUAUAAUAAAAUCAUUUUCUUUCCUCUGUUA